GGUCCUGUUCAGUAGUGAAGAUGCUGCUGCGCCUCUGUGAGGAAGCCUGUGAUGUGCGCCAGCGGAGCGACUGUACCUUGGCAUCCCGGUGAACUUCUGAGGAGACAGAAGGAGCGAGAAACAGCUCCAGAGACUCACAGACUGAACCUGCUCUGCGGGGAUCGUUUCACCACUGAAGAAACUACGCGGCUACGCACUUUGACUUCAUAUCUGCCUUCAUGCGCAGAGCUGGAGAGCUUGAGGUUAACUUUGUUUGAUUGGAAACGCUGCCAUCAGUCAGGCUGUCCUUCACGGGGAAGCAUUAGUAUCUUUUCAUCUGUAAAUCACUGUAAAUAUCUCAUUGUAACUUUAUUUCACUUUGUCUAAACCAUUCUGUGCUCGCUGUUCAGAUGAGACUGUCAGUCAUACGCGCGUCUCCAAACGAGGACGCACCGAGAACGCACAAGGGUCGAGAUUAUUUGCUCGCCUCUGAGCUCUUAAACACAAUGUCGCUUCGCUGCAAAUGACACCAAAUUAUAUAAUCAUGAAUUAAAUAUCCCCACCUUCAAAGCAGUAAUUUAUCCACUGAGGAAAAAAAGGACCAAACUCCGUGCGCUAAGGAAGUUUUAAGUUUUUCGGGCUGUAAUGUAAAUCCGCAGAGGCUGGUGCACAGCAGUCAGCGUCACGAAAAUUUACUCGUGUUCUGUUUCGGAAAGAAAUCUUAUCUACAAAGUGGCAAAUAUUCUUAAUUGAAAGGCAGUGAUCUGUGUCUUGACGCAUUGCCCAGGACUGUUUUGUAUGCUUAAAAUGGACUUGGAAGAGCUGCCGUGGAGGAUGCAAGGGAGCUAUCGUUUGGAAACAACACAGGGACAAAGCCAGAGCGUCUGAGUCCUGGAAAGCUAAUCCCAGUAUGGCCUCGGUUCUGGAGAACGGCUGCUCCAUGGAGCUGAACGGCUGGAACAGCAGUGUGAGCAGCGCCGGAGCCUCGGUGCCCUGUAACCAGAGCAUCCUGAAGCUCGCCCCUUACUCCCCUGAAGCCACGGCGGCCUUCGCCACCGCCAUAACCUUGAUGGUCCUCUUCACCAUCGUGGGCAACAUCAUGGUCAUCAUCGCUGUCCUGACCAGCCGCUCCCUCCGAGGACCGCAGAAUCUCUUCUUAGUGUCACUGGCUGCUGCAGACAUCUUAGUGGCCACACUCAUCAUCCCCUUCUCUCUGGCCAAUGAACUGCUCGGCUACUGGUUCUUUAAGUCUCUGUGGUGUGAGAUCUACCUGGCGCUGGAUGUGUUGUUCUGCACCUCCUCAAUUGUGCACCUGUGCGCCAUCUCACUGGACCGCUACCUGUCCAUUUCCAGGGUGACCUACGGGCGUCAGCGGACUCCCCAACGCAUCAAAGCCGCUAUUGUGGUGGUGUGGCUCAUCUCUGCCAUCAUCUCCUUCCCUCCUCUGCUCUCACUCAACAAAAGCGAGGGAGGCAAUGCGGGGACUGACAGAGGACCUCAGUGCCAGCUGAAUGAUGAGCGCUGGUACAUCCUUUACUCCACCAUCGGCUCAUUCUUUGCCCCCUGCCUCAUCAUGAUCCUGGUCUACAUCAGAAUCUACCAAAUUGCCAAACAAAGAACACGAUGCCCACCAGGAGAGCCCAGGAAGGAUGGGGUCGGUUGUGCUACACCCAGUCAGCCUCCACGACAUGUGCAAGCCAACGGGAGGGAUGAUGAAGAAAGCACACCCCCUUCAUCAACCAAAGCCUCCAAUACCAGACCCCCCACCCUCGCCAUCACUCCCUCUCCCACCUUGGGAGACACUCAAACCACCCAGAACACCACCACCAAUAAUCUCCUGCAACCUCCAUCUCCUUCUCUAGCCAUGACCCCUGUCACAGCCUCCCUUGAUACCUCCCCUCAUGGCCCCACAACUCCGCCCUCUGUGCCUCAGUCUGCCCCUGCCAAGACUAAAGAGAAGGGGAAGAAAGGCAAGCGGCAGGGAGGGAAAAAGGCUGAUAAUAACAAUGGUGACAGCUCGAGCACAGAGAGUGACAUGGAGCACAGCCAUGGAGGAGGCCGAGGCAGCACCAGCAUGCCCGGGUCACCUGCAGGGGUCCACUCCCCGGCCUCAGUCAAGCGCUACCGGGACAUGAUCGCGACCUCAAAGGGGGCUCGGCUGGUGCCAGGGAGGAAGUCGAAACCAGAGAGCACCCCUGGAGCAGCCAGGCGCAAAGCAAUGGUCAACAGAGAGAAGCGCUUCACCUUCGUCCUGGCGGUGGUCAUCGGUGUCUUUGUGGUGUGCUGGUUCCCCUUCUUCUUCUCCUAUUCUCUGCAGGCAGUGUGCCCGGAGACAUGCGCCAUCCCUGACCCUCUCUUUAAGUUUUUCUUCUGGAUCGGUUACUGCAACUCCUCACUCAACCCAGUCAUAUACACCAUCUUCAACAAAGACUUCAGAAAGGCCUUCAAAAAGAUACUGUGCAGAGGCACCAAGGGUACUUUCUUCUAGCAUACAAACCCACUGUACAGGACAUGGACAUUUAAAGAAAUGCAAUCAUUUCCAUUUGUCAUAACACUCAAAGGGCUGUUUUAAAAAAUAUGUUGAACUGUGGAAAUUCCAGCAUAACAUUCAGAACUGAGAGCCACUCUUUUACAGCCACAGUGUGCGCAAACAUGAAACUUGGACUGUGAAAUCUAGUGUGCAGCAGAAACACAUUUUUACAGGGUGUGGGAUGAAAACAGGACAUGGAUCAGAGACAGCACCAGACACUUCACUGCUUAGCACUCCAGUAUAGCAGAUAAGAUUUUGAUUGCAAAGUUUUAUCUGCAGAUCACAUUGAAUAAUGGAUAAUGCUGGGAUACAGAGGGGUGCAGAACCAUGGAAGAAAUGUACACAUAAAACUUAAGGUCUUGAGGAAAGCAGGAAAACAGUUGAGAACGAAUUCCUGGCUAAAAAUACAGACAGUUUAAUGUAUUAUAUAUGAGGUUUUGUAGUUAUUUAAGACUCCAGGACUAAUGGGGAAAGAAAACAAGUAUAAAGAAGGAAAAGUGACCUUAGAUUUCUAUGAGCCUAGGGCCAUUUAUUUAUCAAUACAGAGCACAAGGAGCACACAAGGUUAGUGGUGAUUUCUUACGUCUGCAGUCUUAAUUCACCCGGCUGCAGGGCAAACAUGUGUUCCCAGAUUUUUAUCUAAAAGAGCAACAACAAGAGAAGGGUUUCUGAUGAUCUCUAAUGCGACGGCACAGACAAGGGCGCCCUUUCAAACUGAACUUGUGGGCUUUCAUGAGGAAAGUCUGCACGUCAGACACCUUGCUCCUGGCUUGGUGUGGGUCAUAAUGGACUCUCAGAUUGUUUGUAAUGACACUCUCGGCUUUUAUCUUUCAUGAAGUACAGAAAUGGCCGAAGUGUGGGGAUUUUUGACUUGAGUGAAAACCACAUGUGUGAUAUGAGGAUGUGAAAGUAAGACAGUGUGACCCCCCCUCCUCAUCCUCUUAGCUUGUUGUUUCUUGCUUUUUAAUUUAACCUAGGCGAUCACAUCACCGGACUGGACUGAGCCAUCCUUCUGAUUAACUAAAUAUUUGGACAUUUAAGAAACAAUCACACCAGUUUUUAGCUGCUUCAGAUGUUUUUCUGAGUAUCUAACGGGAGGUGCAUCUGCUGAAGACUGACAAAGAAAAAAAAAAUCCUAUUAUUCAACAUUGUUUUCCAGACACCUGAUUAAGCAGGUAGACAUUUACAUUGACUGUAAAGGACAGAUGAACAAUGCAAUUAUGGAUGUGUAAUGUUACCCCUAAUUACGCCUACAUGGGUUAUUCUGAGAGCCAUUUGGCUGAGUCACUCCUUCCCUCUGGCACAUCAUCGCCUGCAGUGGACCUCUACAUGGCACAUUUGGUUUAUAGCUGAGAGGCGAGAGGAUGAAUGGUACAUUUAUUUUUCUCACCAUGAGACUGAGGCUCUGUCAGCUUCCUUGACAAAAAAAAGAAAAGAAAAUGUGUCUGUGACUGUGAACAGCACACAGGCUUAUUGACUCAAUGGGACAAGGGCUGUCAGCAGCAACUCUUCAAUUUACUAAUUGUCUAAUACUGCUGACCUGUAUGAGUGUGUGUGUGUGUGUGUGUGUGUGCGCGCGCGUGUGCGUGUGUGUGUGUUGACUUGUUUUUCUGUAGAGAGUGUCAGUGCCUCCUCUGGCUGCUAUGUACUACAGAUCUACUGUAAUAUUGAUAAGAACAGAGACCAGAUUUCCUGGUGCAGGCAUCGUUUUGUGAAUGUUUUUACUUGAUGGACAGAUCAGUGGUAUAUCGCUACAUUGAGAAAGUCUUACUGAACUUAAAGUCAGUGUUUAUCAGUGAUAUUGAGUACAUGGCUUUUUAGUGAUCACCAUGGAAGGAUUACUGAAUGGGGCCUACUGUGCACAGAGCUAGGCGCCAAAAGUGUGCACCUGGGCCUUCACCUGCUAAAUGUUGCUCAAAUUAAAAAGUACAGAGCAGGAACAGACUCAAAAUUACCACAAAGAGAUGCAAAGUAGAAGCAAAGAGACUCCAAAAUAACUUCAAAAGCAGCCAAAACAACCAUGAAGAGACACAAAACAACCUCAAGAAGACACAAAUGACUGUCAAGACACAGAUCAUGACCACAAAGAGACAAAAAAUGACAACAAGGAGACACAAAUGACUAUCAAGACACAGAAACUGACCAAAAACGACAUAAAAUGACCACAAAGAGAAACAACAAGACCACAAGAAAACACAAAAUGACUACAAAGAGACAUAAAAUGACCAACAGGGACAAAAAAUGACCACAAAGAGGCACAAAAUGACCAAAAGAAGACACAAAAUGACUAUCAAGAUACAGAAAACAACCCAAAAUGACCACAAGGAGACACAAAACGACCAAAAAAAGACACAAAAUUACCACAAGACGACACAAAGUGACUAUCAAGACACAGAAAAUGACCAACAAUAGACACAAAAAGACCAAAAAAGAGAGACAUAAUGACCACAAGGAGACACAAAGUGACCAAAAGACACAAAAAUGACCACAAAGAGACACAAAGUGACUACAAGGAGACACAAAGUGACCAAAAGAGACCCAAAACUACAACAAGAUGCAUAACGACUACAAAGAGAUGCAAAACCAUCACAAAGUCUGUACGUCUUGCUCCUGUGUAGGAGAGGUGGAGGGGCCUUUUGCGUAUCUGAGCCCAGGGGCCCACUGUCUCAUAAUCCACCGAUGGUGAUCACCCUCAAGGGACCAAAGAGCCUUUCAGGACACCAGCCUGACUCAGUGAUAUCUGGCUCUGUGUUGCUUAAACAAAGUAUUUCUUUAUAUUUGGUGUAUGUGACAGGAGGCAAAGAUUGAAAACACUGUAUUAUUUAUUUCAAACUAUUUUGUGUUUUCUGUCUGUUACCUAUUUAUUGUUCAGUUACUGUGCUUUUGCUCUGAAAGUCGAGCAAAGUGGAAGUGAUAUCAAAGAGUGAGAACACUGUACAGAUUUUUAAUAUCUUCGACAAGAGCAAAAUCGACUCUUGCUUCAUGGAGGUUGAGCUACAUUUGAGCUUGGGGGGACGUAUUUGUGUUGAAAUGAUGGAACGUUGCGCACAAUGCAGAGCCUACAAUGCAACGUUUGUCAUUGUUUCUUCUAGUUAUCGCAAUGUUCGAUCAGAGAUACAAGCACACGAUCAAGCGUACCGCAGGAAAAUCUCUCUACGGCACUGUUGUCAAACUUUUUCCUGAAAUAAGUAAUCGAACAUGAAAAUGUCAAUAGCACCCAUAGCCAGUUUCAGCUGGAUGAUCUGAAGGCUUUCUGCGGGACAUUAAGGCUACAAUCCAUACCACACAGUGCUGCUUGGCAAUUCCAAUAACUGAUAAAGCAAAAUGGGUGAGAGUAAGAGCUGCGAGCACUUACACAACUGCUCCCUGCCCUCAUCUGAAAUGGUUAUUUUCUCUCCAGAAAUAAACAGCUAUAGCAACGCAAUUAUAACAAAAAAUAGCCACAGAGGCCAUGAAUCCAUGGUCGUUUCCGAUAUGAGUUGCAACGCCGCUCAAACCCUCCCCAACCAUGGCUUUAUGUGGUGAGACUGCAGCUUUGUUUAUUUUAUAAAAAGUAUGAAUUUUGGCUUCAAGGUGCCAGAUGCAGUAAUCUGCCUCUUGAUCACCGUCUUCUCCCCUGAAACCGCCUGUAUUGUCUCUUCUCCUACUGUGUUUGGACCAAACUGCAUGGUCUAAGCUUUACAAUCCUCUAUCCCCCAUCUGUCAUCAUCCUUCUCCAGUUUGGAAA